GAUGGUGGCGUUGGUACCUUUUGUGGUUCCCAUCGUGGGUGACAAAACCUUGCUGGUGUGGGAGCUGAGCUCUGGACCCACGGCCGAGGCCUUGCAACAUUCUCUGUUCACAGUCUUCUCCCAGUUUGGCCUUCUGUAUUCGGUCCGAGUCUUCCCAAAUGCAGCAGUGGCCGGUCCUGGGUUCUAUGCCAUCAUCAAGCUUUAUUUAGCAAGGGAUGCCCACAGAGCCCAAAAGGCAUGCGACCAGAAGCAGCUUUUUCAGACAUCUCCAGUGAAGGUUCGUCUCGGCACCAGACAUAAGGCGGUUCGACAUAAUACGCUUGCCCUAAACAGCUCCAGAUGCCAAGAAUUGGCAAAUUACUACUUUGGUUUCAAUGGGUGGUCAAAAAGGAUCAUCAGGCUUCAGGAUCUUUCUAACCUUGAAGAAAGGGAAAAUGAAGAUAUUGUGACACCACUUUAGAAACAAAACCUGAAGUUCUUCUGUGCUUUAGAGGUGGUGUUGCCCUCCCAUGAGUGCAGGAGUCCUGGAGUUGGCAUGGCUGAGGAACCUUUGGAUAAGUUGGAGGAAAGGUCAUUAUCAUUCCUUAUGAAAAGGAAGGUAACCCAGAAGCUUGCUAUUCAGAAGGCUAUGACAGAUGCAUUCCGGAAACUGCUGAUUGUGGUUUUAGAAAGUGGUAAAAUAGCUGUGGCAUAUAGACCCUGUGAAGAGGUCACAGAUGCUAGAACCGAAGAGGAACUACAGGAUUUAAUUCAAGAGGUGGGUCAAAAAGGAUCUUGCUAUGAUUCAUGAAUUAGAGUAUUCUGCAUACAAAUUGAAGGAGAAAAACC